CUGGAGCAGCUCCUGAUUCACCAGCCGGAGGACCCCAUCCCUUUCAUGAUCCGGCACUUGCAUCUAGACAAUGACAAUGUGCCGAAGAUUGUAAUAUUAGGUCCACCCGCCUCGGGGAAAACAACUAUAGCAAUGUGGCUUUGCAAACAUCUGAAUAGCAAUCUCCUCAGCAUGGAAAAUUUGGUAUUAAGACAAUUUUCCUCUAUGGCUGCUGAAACCAGGAAGCAUUAUCAGAAAACCAAGACACUUCCCAGUAGGCUGCUUAUCCAGUUGAUUCAGGAACGCCUGGCUGAAGAAGAAUGUGUCAAGCGGGGCUGGAUCCUGGACGGCAUCCCUGAGACACGGGAGCAGGCUCUAAUGAUCCAGACCCUGGGGAUCACCCCCAGACACGUGGUCGUGCUGAGUGCGUCAGACACCGUCCUGAUCGAGAGAAACCUGGGGAAGAGAAUCGACCCUCAGACCGGAGAGAUUUAUCAUACCACCUUUGACUGGCCCCCCGAAACUGAAGUCCAGAACCGUCUGAUGGUGCCAGAGGGUAUCUCGGAGCUGGAGACAGCUCAGAAACUGUUGGAGUAUCAUAGGAACAUCGUCAGGAUUCUCCCCUCUUACCCCAAAAUCCUGAAAGUCAUCAGUGCAGACCAGCCGUGUAUGGACGUCUUCUACCAGGCUCUGACCUACGUCCAAACCAACCAUCGAUCAAAUGCCCCAUUCACCCCAAGGGUGCUGCUAUGUGGGCCUGUGGGCAGCGGGAAAAGUCUGCAGGCCGCCCUCCUGGCCCAGAAAUACGGCCUUGUCAAUGUCUGCUGUGGGCAACUGCUGAAAGGGGCUGUGGCAGACAAGACAAAACUUGGCGAGAUCGUCCAGCCCUUUUUUGAAAAGAAGAUGGCAGUCCCUGACAGUAUCAUCAUGAAGGUGCUGGGCCAGCGCCUGGAACAGCAGGACUGCGUCCAGAAAGGCUGGGUGCUGCAUGGCUUCCCACGGGAUCUGGACCAGGCGCACAUUCUGGACACCCUGGGCUACAAUCCCAACAG